UUUGCAUCCCCUUUCCAUUUCUCCUCUUUUCUCAACCAAUCAAUUACUCCCUAUAUUGCACAUUCUCGUAUUUAAAUUCCUUUUAUUUCAAUUUUAUCCUCUCUCAACCAUUCCUUAGUUCUGAAUAAUAUGGCUGAUGCUCUUGUUUCCGUAGUCUUGGAGCAGCUGAGCUCAAUCAUUAUUCAGGAAGUGCAACGAGAAGUGAGGCUCGUUGUUGGUGUCGAGAACGAGGUUAAAAAGCUUACCAGCAAUUUCCAGGCCAUCCAAGCUAUGUUUGCCGAUGCAGAGGAAAGACAGUUGAAGGAUCAGUUGGUCAAACAUUGGUUAGAUCAGCUCAAAGACGUAUCUUACGACAUGGAUGAUGUUUUGGAUGAGUGGGGCACUGAAAUUGCAAAAUCGCAAAGCAAGGUAAAUGAGCAUCCCCGCAAGAAUACAAGGAAGGUAUGCUCUUUCAUGAUCUUCUCUUGCUUUCGUUUUAGAGAAGUUGGUUUGCGUCGUGAUAUUGCUCUUAAGAUUAAAGAAUUGAAUGAAAGAAUAGAUGGCAUUGCGAUUGAGAAAAAUAGGUUCCACUUCAAAUCAUCUGAAGUUGUAAUUAAACAGCAUGAUCAUCGGAAAACUGUUUCUUUUAUAGAUGCAGCAGAAGUGAAAGGUAGAGAAACGGAUAAAGGCAGGGUGAGGAAUAUGUUGUUGACUGAGAGUAGUCAAGGACCAGCCCUCCGUACAAUCUCUCUAGUAGGGAUGGGAGGGAUAGGAAAGACAACCCUUGCUCAACUAGUUUAUAAUGAUCAUGAGGUGGAGAUCCAUUUUGAUAAAAGAAUAUGGGUUUGUGUAUCAGAUCCCUUUGAUGAGACAAAGAUUGCCAAGGCAAUCCUUGAAGCUCUUAAGGGGUCUGCCUCAGAUUUAAUCGAAUUGCAGACUUUACUAGAAAACAUACAACCAUUGAUUAGGGGAAAGAAAUUCUUGCUUGUCCUAGAUGAUGUGUGGAAUGAAGAUUCCACAAAGUGGGAGCAACUGAAAUACUCCCUCAUGUGUGGUUUGCCUGGAAGUAGUAUUCUGGUGACCACACGUAAGAGAAAUGUCGCGAGUAGGAUGGGCUCCUCACCCACUGACAUUUUAGAACUAGGACUUCUCUCUACAGAUGAAUGCUGGUCACUAUUCAGUCGGCUAGCAUUUUUUGAAAAAAACAGUAGAGAGAGAGGAGAUUUAGAAGAUAUUGGUAGACAAAUCGCAGCUAAGUGUAAAGGCUUGCCUCUUGCUGCAAAGAGUCUAGGAAGUCUUUUGCGCUUCAAAAGUAGAAUAGAAGAGUGGGAAAGUGUCUUGAACAGCCAUGUCUGGGAGAGUGCUGAAGAAGCUGAAAGCAAAAUUUUGGCUCCUUUAUGGUUGAGCUACUAUGACCUGCCCUCUGAUAUGAGACGAUGUUUCUCAUAUUGUGCAGUCUUUCCAAAAGACUUUACAUUUGAAAGAGAUACUUUGGUCAAACUGUGGAUGGCACAAGGUUUCCUUCGGGAAACACAUAAUAAAGAGAUGGAAGUAAUAGGUCGUCAGUGCUUCGAAGCUUUAGCUGCUCGCUCUUUCUUUCAAGAUUUUCAGAAAGAAACGGGUGAUGGAAGCAUUUAUGCUUGUAAGAUGCAUGACAUGGUGCAUGAUUUGGCACAAAACUUGACAAAAAAUGAAUGUUCUAGUGUAGAUAUUGAUGGUCCGACAGAGUUGAAGAUAGACUCCUUUUCUAUAAAUGCCCGACACUCCAUGGUAGUGUUUAGAAAUUAUAACUCAUUUCCUGCAACCAUCCAUAGUUUGAAAAAGCUUCGCAGCCUGAUUGUUGAUGGUGAUCCUUCAUCGAUGAAUGCAGCCUUACCUAACUUAAUAGCUAAUUUGAGUUGUCUAAGAACAUUGAAGUUGUCAGGAUGUGGAAUUGAAGAAGUCCCAUCCAACAUAGGAAAGUUGAUACACCUGAGGCAUGUUGACUUCUCUUGGAAUGAGAAUAUCAAGGAGUUACCUGAAGAGAUGUUUGAAUUGUAUAAUAUGCUAACUUUAGAUGUCUCAUUCUGUAAUAAACUUGAAAGGCUGCCUGAUAACAUAGGAAGACUAGCCAAAUUAAGACAUCUCAGUAUUCACGAUUGGCGCGACUUGUCGUUUGUAAAGAUGAGAGGAGUUAAGGGGUUAACUUCUCUUCGGGAAUUAGAUGACUUCCAUGUGAGUGGUAGUGAUAAAGAGUCUAAUAUUGGGGAUUUGAGAAACUUGAACCACCUUCAAGGAUCUCUUAUGAUAAGUUGGUUGGGAGACGUGAAAGAUCCUGAUGAGGUUAAGAAAGCAGAACUUAAUAGUAAGAAACACCUCGCUCAUUUAGGUUUAAAUUUUCAAUCGAGGACAGAUAGGGAGAAAAUUCAUGAUGAUGAAGUCCUUGAAGCCUUAGAACCACCUCCAAACAUUUAUUCAUCGCGAAUAGGUUAUUACCAAGGAGUCAUCCUCCUUCGGGUGUUUCCUGGAUGGAUUAAUAAACUAAGGGCUGUUGAACUCAGGGAUUGGAGGAAGAUUGAGAAUCUGCCUCCUUUAGGGAAGUUGCCAUCUCUUGAAGCAUUGCAUGUAAUUGGGAUGGAAUGCGUGGGGAGGGUGGGGCGUGAAUUCUUGGGAUUGGGAGAUGAUAGUGACAUUAGUAUUGGAGAAAUGACAUCAUCAUCAUCAAAUACUAUUAUCGCAUUCCCCAAGUUGAAAAGUCUUUCCUUUUGGGAUAUGGAAGAGUGGGAAGAGUGGGAAGGAGGAGAAGGAGGAAAUGAAGAUAAAACAAACAUCUCCAUUUCAACCAUAAUUAUGCCAUCUCUUCGUUCCUUGGAAAUUUGGGAUUGCCCAAAACUGAAAGCACUUCCGGAUUACGUGCUCCAGUCAACAACUCUUGAGCAACUGAAAAUCAGAGGCAGCCCAAUUCUAGGAGAACAAUAUUUGAAAGAAGGAGGAAAGGGCUGGCCCAACGCCUCUAGAGCAACUGCGAAUCUCAAACAGUCCAAUUAUAGCAGCGCAAUUUAA